ACUGAGAGCAACAGCGCAGGAGUCCUCUCAAGCAUCUUCACGCACUGAAACAACAUGGAUCUCAGAGCUUCUCUGUCUCUUCUAGUGCUGCUGAUGGGCCUCUCUCAGGCCGUUCAUCUCAUGGAGAAUGAGAAGGACAACUUUCUUCUAGAGGAACCUGAAACUGUUGACAUCACGACAAGGAUUCUGGACUCAAACAAUGCAUCCACUGAAUUGUUGGUAGAGGGAGAUCUGGUUGUACCAAGAACCAGGAAUGCCCUGAAUUGCUGGAACAACUACUGCUUGUGGAGGAAGUCCUCUAAUGGAAUAGUAGAGGUGCCUUACAUACUGAGCAGUGACUUCUCCUAUUAUGAUAAGCUGAUAAUUGACAAUGCCAUGGCAGCGUUCCACAGUACAACCUGCAUUCGCUUUGUUCCACUUUCAUCUCAGUAUGACUACAUCAGCAUUGAGAACAGAGAUGGGUGCUUCUCAUCUCUAGGCAGAACAGGAGGUAUGCAGGUGCUUUCUCUUAACAGGCAGGGCUGUGUUUACCAUGGCAUCGUUCAGCAUGAGAUCAACCACGCUCUGGGUUUCUACCACGAGCAAACCAGGAGCGACCGCGACCAGUAUGUCAGGAUCAACUGGGACUACAUCUCCCCAUCAAUGAUUUACAACUUCUACAAACAAAACACCAAUAAUCUGUACACUCCCUAUGACUACUCCUCCAUUAUGCAUUAUGGAAGAACUGCUUUUGCCGUUCAGUAUGGAGUGGAAACCAUCACUCCUAUUCCUGAUGCAUCUGUGCAAAUUGGACAAAGGCAGGGUUUGUCCGACAUUGACAUUCAGAGGAUCAAUCUUCUGUAUGGCUGCUAGAUGCAGAACUGAAGAAAAUACUGACUUGUUGCCAUUCCAGUCCAUUAGACAGAGAAAUCACCCUGCGAAAGUUGUCACGCUGUCAUCUUAAUGUCAGAUCAACGCAGUCUUGUGUUUUGGAUGUGUAAUACUGUGUUAAUGUUGUAUCGAUUGAGCAUUUUAAAUUAUGUGGUGAUGACCAGAUAUACUGAAAAAUAAAUUCCUUUACCAU